GAAAUGUUGAUCAAAUUUCGAUUGCCCCUCAAUCUCCCCGCUUAGUCGAAGUUGCUACACAUUGAUCAAACAAACGCCAAUACCAAUACUCGGUUGGGUCUGCCACCUGGAAUCGAACUCGUUUGGUUUCGAAUACGCGGGAAUAAUAACAAAAUAUGUUGGACCUUGCUGAUUUCAUUACCGACCGUGGCGGAGAUCCGAAUAAAAUCAAGGAGAGCCAGAGGAGAAGAUCGGCCCCUGAAACUGCCGUCGAUGAGGUUCUUUCCCUAUAUGAGGAAGCUCGCCGGGCACGCUAUGAGGUUUCCCAAAUAAACUCCCAGCUCAAUGCGCUCCUCAAGGAGAUUGGUAAAAAGAAAAAAAACAAGGAAGACGCAAGCCUUCUUUUGGAGGAAAAGGCAAAGCUAGAGUCCCGGCGGAAAGUGGCAGAAGAGGUCGCUUUGCAGAAGGAGAGCCUGAGAGACCGAAAAAUUGGAACAAUUGGCAACUAUGUCCAUGACUCAGUCCCCGUGAGCAGCAAUGAGGAUGAUAAUUCUAUUAUCAGGACGUGGUCUCCGGACGACUUGGUUACCGAAAAACCGAACUGCUUAUCGCACCAUGAAGUUUUGACCAGACUUGAUGGCUAUGAUCCGGAACGCGGGGUCAAGAUUGUUGGCCACCGUGGAUAUUGUCUUACCGGUUAUGGUCUCUUCUUGAACCUUGCACUUGUGAACUAUGGGUUGGAAUUCCUAUGGAAGCGUGGGUACAAGCCGAACCAGCCCCCUCACUUUAUGCUUAGGGAGAUGAUGGCAAAAACUGCCCAGCUCGAGCAGUUUGACGAAGAGCUCUACAAAGUCACUGAGAGCGAGGAUAAGUCCACUGACAAGUAUUUGAUUGCCACCUCGGAGCAGCCGCUAUCGGCGUUGCAUGAUAGCGAGUGGCUCCAAGACAAGGAUCUGCCUAUUAGGUAUGCUGGUUAUAGUACUUGUUACCGUAAGGAGGCCGGCGCUCAUGGGAAGGAUGCUUGGGGGAUAUUCCGUGUUCACCAGUUUGAGAAGAUCGAGCAAUUUAUUCUGACGAAACCUGAAGACUCCUGGAAAGUGUUUGACGAAAUGAUAGCCACUUCUGAGGAGUUCUACCAAUCCCUUGGACUCCCCUAUCAGGUUGUCUCUAUAGUUUCUGGCGCUUUGAAUAAUGCCGCAGCAAAGAAAUUCGACCUUGAAGCCUGGUUUCCCUUCCAGCAGGAAUACAAAGAGCUCGUUUCUUGCUCCAACUGUACCGACUACCAGGCACGCGCACUCGGCAUCCGGUAUGGUCCCAAAAAGACCACGGACGCGAAAAAAGCAUACGUCCAUGCACUUAAUGCUACACUGUGUGCUACCGAGAGAACGCUCUGUUGCAUACUUGAGAACUACCAAACAGAUGAUGGAUUUGUUGUUCCAGAGCCCCUCCGCAAAUACAUACCCGGGGCGCCAGAGUUUCUCCCAUACACCAAAGAGCUUCCGAAAGACAGCACUUCGACCAAAUCUAGACCCAAAGCCGCCAGCAAGCCUUUUACUGGCACAGACGAAGCAACUAAGAAGCUGCAAGGCAUGCAGGUAUAAUUCAAGCGGGGAGAAACUUUAACAACUUCCAACAUUAUCGACUGGCCUCUUAUGGUAGGCUUUUGGUUUUAGCUUGAUUUGGAUUCACACAGAAGAUACCUAACAUGGAUGCCUUGGGACAUGAUAGUAAUGUGGAUGAAUGACUUUCAAUCCAUGCCAAAUUUAUUCCUUUAAUCCGUCCGCAUGGAAACAGCAUCUUUGAUAGCAGGUGCCAAAACCAUGCGAGAUGACGGGCCUGGAGGAUAUAGAUUAUUAUUCUGAAGCAAUUCUUAGAGAACUUCUUUUCUAGAAAAAAAUAAAAUAAAAUACAUGGAAUGAGUUCCGUAAACAAACUCUGGAUUAAGCAACCGUUAUGGUACCGAGUCAUCGCAGAAGAAUCCUUUUUUGAAAAC